UAUAAGCUUCACCUGAUUUUAGUAAGACCUUCCUUGUGGAUUUUGAUGCAACCGAGUUAGGUAUAUGGGCUGUUCUGAGCCAAGAAGGGCGUCUGAUUGCUUACUUCAGUAAGUUGCUAAAUAGAGCAAUGGGAAACUACUCGAUUUAUGACCUCAAGAUCUAUACCGUAGUUCAAGCCUUGGGAUUUGGAGGCGUUAUCUAACUGAAAAGAAGUUCAUCUUGCGGAUUGACCAAGAAACACUUUGCUUUCAUAGCUCUCAAAAGAAUUCUGAUGUAAAGCAUGCAAAAUGGGCGGUGUUUCUUCAAGAUUACGAUAUUCUGAUGAGCUUCAAGGCUGGUCCACAGUCUCGGAAACUUGAGUGUUAGUGAUGGGGUGCAGAAAUAUGCUAAUCAGUGUAUUAUCAAAUCACCAAAUGAAUAUAAGUCAACUGACCAAAUGAAAAAGAAAUGAAGUAUGCAAGUUCAACGAAACACCCUUCUGAUCUCUUUUAAGAUCAUUUUCAUACCUGCUCUGCAUAUAAAAUUUACACUAUAUCACCUUUGCAAAUUGCGCGAAACCCACAUAUUUGACGAUGGAAGCUCCAAAUUCGGAGCAAAUUGAAUUAAAGAAAGGUAUAUGGAGUCGUGAAGAAGAUGAGAAGUUAACUGCAUAUAUUACAAGAUAUGGCCUCUGGAAUUGGAACCAGUUGCCCAAAUUUGCUGGCUUGUCUAGGUCAGGGCAGAGUUGCAGAGUUCGUUGGAUGAAUCAUUUAAAGCCGGGUAUAAGACGCGGAAACUUCACCCAGGAAGAAGACCAAAUCAUAAUCAAUCUGCAUUCAGCAAUAGGAAAUAGAUGGUCUGCUAUUGCAACACAACUUCCAGGAAGAACAGAUCAUGACAUAAAAAAUCACUAUAAUACCCACCUGAAAAAGGUCUCGAACAACAACGAGAUGCGUACGAGACAAUUGACGCAAGGAUACAGGACAUUUCUUUUUGAAGAUGAGCAUAUGAAUAUGCCUGAAAUCGGUGACGAUGAUACUUCAUAUUCUACAAGUUAUAGUGAUUAUCAAGUAGAAUCAGAAUCAUCGUAUUCGGUAAGCUUCAACUCUCAUGGGAUAUCAUCAAUGUCAUCGAAGUGGUCUACAACUAAUCAUUCUUCGUCAAACUACUCGACUCAUGCGACUCGAUUACUUGCUAAAAACAAAAGCAUGGAGAUGGACGAGAGUAGCGGUUCAUUCGAAGCGCCAAGAAUCUCUCUAGUUUAAUGGCUUCCGUUACCAAAUGAUAAGUUUCUACUUCGUUAUGCUCACAAUAAUUAUUGUUAAGUUGAGUUAAAACAUCUGUGCCAAAUUGUACGUUUUAUAUUUCAAUUUGGUACUAAAAUUCCAAGUAAAAAGUGUAAUUUAAUUUAAUUUUUAUUUAGUAUUAUGUUAUAUA